AUGUUCAUCAACCACGAAAACUACACCCUGGACUUAUCAACCGAACCUCCCAACAACGCUAACCAGACAGACUUCGAUAUAAUGAUCGUGCAAGUAGUUAACACCGUUUACUUGUACUUCACGCCGAUACUGGUGGUGCUCGGGACGAUCGGUAAUAUGCUGUCAUUAUUCGUGUUCCACGGGAGUAAGUUGCGCUUACAGUCGACCAGUCAGUACCUGUCGACAUUGGCUAUCGCUGAUAAUAUAUUCCUGCUGCAACUCCUGCCGCCGUGGCUGAGCGCGACCGGUAUCACGAGCCUGUUCCACCGCACCGGCUUCUGUCAGUUCAUAGUGUACGUGUCCUACGUGUCAUGCUGCCUGAGCGCCUGGCUGGUGGUCGCCUUCACCGUGGAGCGCUUCGUGGCCGUCGUGUAUCCGUUGAGACGCAACGCUGUCUGCAGCGUGAACCGGGCGCGGCAGGUGAUAGUGCUGCUGAGUAUCUCCGCGAUCGUCAUGAACCUGCCCGUAUUGAAGUUCACCUCUCCCAGUAAGGACGACUGUAAUAUCGAUAGAGAGUAUCUGGACCACGCUGCUAGAUUCAAUCUUAUAGAUACGCUGCUGUCCUUCACGCUGCCGCUGGGUGUGAUAAUAAUCAUGAACUCGUGGAUCAUGGUGGGGGUGUGCCGGUUGGAGCGAGCUCGCCAGGCGCUCAUGAAGGAGGAGCAGAGCGGCCUCCCCUCCCGCCUCCGUCAGCGGCGCCUGGUCGGCUGUCCUCAGUCACAACAGAAGGUGACCCGCAUGCUGCUGCUCGUCUCAUCCGUGUUCGUGAUUCUGAACCUGCCAGCCUACACCAUCCGUAUCCUGGCUUACGCCUAUGACAUCAAUGCCAACGAGGUCGGCGGCCGUUGGACGGCGUUGCAGCAGCUCUCUGUGAUGUUCUUUCACACCAACUUCGGCAUCAAUUUCCUGUUGUACUGUCUCAGUGGCCAGAACUACCGCCGCGCCCUCAUCCAGGCCCUGCCCUGGGUCCGCCGCCGGGCCCGACGGGCCGUCGCUGUUAGAUUCGCAGCAGAUCCACCUAGAGGCAGCAGCGUAUCAACAUCCCACGUGAGCACCGAGGCUACGGUCAUCAACAUGACAAACAUCAACACCAACCCGCGCCGUCAACGCGACUGCAUUACUCGAUGGAAAUUCGACAACACUCGCCAGAGGCAGGCCAUGGCACACUCUCGCUCUCAGACUGAUCAAUCUGAACUAGCCUCUGUCACCGUUGAGGGUCGUGAUCAGGAUAUCGAGAUGAGAGCUGUCCACACUAUCUGA